AUGGGUUCCAGUAGUGAAACUAGCGAUUUCGGUGAUCCGGAGUACUUGAGGGCUGCAGAAAGUCGGCCCUACGGUGAUGGGUCACAGGCCGAACUUUUCGGACCAGUGGUAACUACAGAGGACGCGGAGUCAACGGAUGCGGAGUCGACGGACGCGGACGGCGACGACAGCGAUGAGGAGGAUCAAGUACAACAACCGCGUAAUAAGCGGCGGCGCAUUGCUGCGCAGUUUAGGAACUCUGGCGUAGCUGAAAGUGACGAUGAUCGGUUGAGUACAGAGCUGGAACAAGCGCUUUUGGAUGUACCCGGCGUAACGCGCGAUGAAGUGGUUCAGACCGUGGAUGAGAUCGUAGAAGUUGCUGACAGUGCUGAAAAAGACUCAGACGCAGACGAUGCAGAACUCGUUACAGGUGACGGAGAGCCCUUGGAAGUGGUUGAGAUCUCAGAUGAAGAACAAGACAGCGCACAAGCGCCAGCAAACGAGCCAGUUGACACUGAGACGCGUGUUCAACGCACCCAAAUCAGAAGAGCGCUCGAUUACCGGUGCCCCAUUUGCUUCGAACCUCCAGAUACCGCGCUAGUCACAAGUUGUGGCCAUGUUUUCUGUGCCGAAUGUGUUUUCCAAAUGGUGAACAGUUCAAGAGGGCACCGCAAAUCUGGCAAAUGUGCAUUGUGCCGGAAAGAUGUACGACUAAAUGAUCUACGUUUGACUAUUCUUCGCAAGAAACGGGUGCGCAAGGUCCAGUAA